GCAGAAAUGUAGCCUACUGCAGGAAGUGAGAUGAUCUUCUUUUGCUGUAUUCUGAAGAUAAUUUGCUUCAGACAGGAGGUUUUUGGGUGUUUGCUGAAAUUUUGGAGAUCUGGGAAAAUGGGGGUAAUAACAUGACACCAGUUGUUAAGCAGCAACAUCUGCUGUGGUUCAAAGCCACACAGAGAAAGCUGCUUAAGCAGCUGAGUGUUUUGGACUGCACGGACAAGUGUGGUUCGACUGCAAAGACUGCAGAGCGAAAAAUUUAAGUUUCAAGAAGUUGUUAAAAAAUGGAGUCGUGGAAGAUGAGCAUCUUUAAGAGACAAACAUCACCACGUCCUCCAAGCUAUCGAAGAUCUUUUUCAGAACCUGCUUAUGCACACUCAGAGAUAGGAACAAGUUUAAAGAGUUAUACAUGGCGUGGUCCAGUGAAAAGCAAGAGGAAGAAGAAUGAACAGGCUGUUUCCAGUCUAGGAAAGUCACUGGGUGCUUAUCGGUGGCAAACACAUUCCAGCUUAAGGUUGAAAGGGGGCAAAAGGGAGCAAUUGGAAAAUAAUAAAGGAGACUUGGAUGAACCACAACAACAAGCGGUCCUGCCAAAGAUGGUUGGGGAUAAUAUUUCUUCCUCUGGCAACAGAGUCCUUGGAACAUCAAUGGAGAAGCAGAACCUGGUAAACACUCGGUCACUUCGGGUUCCAUUCAGCAGAUCUCUUUCAGAGCCAGAACCCCGCUCCAGUGUCAGAUUUGUUAGACGGUGGCCGACUUCAGUGGGGUCAGUGGAGUCUGAGCAGCAGGGAUAUUUCAUCCGUGGCAUUUUCUCUACUCUUUCCAAUGGCUUCUCCAGGAUGCUGAGUCUAAAAGGAGAGUCAACCAAUGAGCCAGUAAGAGAAGAUGUGAAAGGUCCACCCACCCACCGUCUGUCCUGUGGCCAGUCACCCUACACCGACACAACCACGUGGGAGCGGAAGUUCUGCAUCCUCACAGACAGCCAGCUGGUGUUGCUCAACAAGGAGAAGGAGAUACCUGUGGAGGGAGGACAAGAGCAGCAGACAGAUUCCACCAAAGGGCGAUGCCUGCGGAGAACUGUCAGUGUUCCUUCCGAGGGUCAGUUUCCUGAAUACCCACCAGAGGGCGCCGCUAAACUGGAGGUGCCAGCAGAAAGGUCCCCACGCAGACGGAGUAUCUCAGGGACCACUGCAUCUGAGAAACCCAACUCUAUGGAUACUGCGAAUACCUCACCCUUCAAAGUACCAGGGUUCUUCAGCAAGCGCCUAAAAGGCUCCAUCAAGAGGACCAAAAGCCAGUCAAAGCUUGACCGAAACACGAGCUUCCGGCUUCCCUCUCUGCGCAAUACCGAUGACAGGUCUCGUGGGCUGCCUAAACUAAAAGAGUCCCGUUCUCAUGAGUCUUUGCUGAGCCCAUGCAGUGCUGUGGAAUGUCUGGAUCUCGGUAGAGGGGAGCCUGUGUCGGUAAAGCCACUCCACAGCAGCAUCCUUGGACAAGACUUCUGCUUUGAGGUUACCUACUUAAGUGGAAGUAAAUGCUUCAGUUGUAACUCUGCUUCAGAGAGAGAUAAGUGGAUGGAAAACCUCCGCAGGACAGUUCAACCAAAUAAGGACAAUUGUAGACGAGCUGAAAAUGUUCUCCGUUUAUGGAUUAUUGAAGCCAAGGACCUUGCCCCUAAAAAGAAAUAUUUCUGUGAACUGUGCCUUGAUGAUACCCUCUUUGCUCGUACAACCAGCAAGACCAAAGCAGACAAUAUUUUCUGGGGUGAACAUUUUGAGUUCUACAGCCUUCCACCUCUUCAUAGCAUCACAGUUCACAUUUAUAAAGAUGUGGAAAAAAAGAAGAAAAAAGACAAGAAUAAUUAUGUAGGGCUAGUCAACAUCCCCACUGCCAGUGUGACUGGUCGCCAGUUUGUAGAAAAGUGGUACCCAGUGAGUACACCUACACCCAACAAAGGAAAGACAGGAGGACCUUCUAUUCGGAUUAAGUCACGUUUCCAAACCAUCACCAUUCUGCCUAUGGAGCAAUACAAAGAGUUUGCAGAAUUUGUCACCAGCAACUACACCAUGCUAUGUUCUGUUCUUGAACCAGUAAUCAGUGUGAGAAAUAAAGAAGAGCUAGCCUGUGCCUUGGUGCACAUUCUUCAAAGCACUGGAAGAGCCAAGGAUUUUCUGACGGACUUGGUGAUGUCUGAGGUGGAUCGUUGUGGAGAACAUGAUGUUUUGAUCUUCAGAGAGAACACCAUUGCCACCAAAUCCAUUGAGGAAUACCUCAAGUUGGUGGGACAACAGUAUCUUCACGAUGCACUGGGGGAGUUCAUCAAAGCUUUGUAUGAGUCAGAUGAAAACUGUGAAGUGGAUCCCAGCAAAUGUUCAUCCAGUGAACUUCUGGACCAUCAGAGCAACCUGAAAAUGUGCUGUGAGCUGGCUUUCUGCAAGAUCAUCAACUCUUACUGUGUUUUUCCUCGUGAGCUGAAAGAAGUGUUUGCAUCCUGGAAGCAGCAGUGCCUGAACCGUGGCAAGCAGGACAUCAGCGAGCGGCUCAUCAGCGCCUCGUUGUUUCUCCGCUUUCUGUGCCCGGCCAUCAUGUCUCCCAGUCUCUUCAACCUCAUGCAGGAGUAUCCUGAUGACCGCACAUCUCGGACUCUGACUCUCAUUGCCAAGGUCAUCCAGAACCUGGCCAACUUUGCCAAAUUUGGUAACAAAGAGGAAUACAUGGCAUUCAUGAAUGAUUUUUUAGAGCAUGAAUGGGGCGGAAUGAAGCGCUUUCUUUUGGAGAUCUCUAAUCCAGACACCAUCUCAAACACACCAGGCUUUGAUGGUUACAUUGAUUUGGGCCGAGAGCUUUCAGUUUUGCAUUCCUUACUGUGGGAAGUAGUUUCUCAACUUGAUAAGGGUGAAAAUUCCUUCCUACAGGCGACCGUGGCAAAAUUGGGACCUCUCCCUCGUGUUCUUGCUGAUAUUACCAAAUCUCUGACUAAUCCUACACCAAUACAACAGCAACUGAGACGCUUCACUGAGCAUAACUCCAGUCCAAAUGUCAGUGGAAGCCUCUCCUCUGGGCUGCAGAAAAUAUUUGAAGACCCUACUGACAGUGAUUUGCACAAACUAAAAUCCCCAAGCCAGGACAACACAGACAGUUACUUCAGAGGAAAGACGUUAUUGCUGGUCCAGCAAGCCUCCUCCCAGAGCAUGACUUACUCAGAAAAGGAUGAAAAAGAAAGUAGCCUUCCCAAUGGCCGCAGCAUCUCCCUUAUGGACCUUCAGGAGACGCACGCCGCCCAAGCGGAGCAUGCAUCUGUGAUGCUCGACAUGCCCAUGCGCUUGACCGGAAGCCAGCUCUCCAUAACUCAGGUGGCCAGCAUCAAGCAACUGCGGGAGGCUCAGAGCACCCCGCAGAGUGCACCCCAAGUGCGAAGGCCCCUGCACCCAGCCUUGAACCAGCCAGGCAGCCUCCAGCCCCUGUCCUUCCAGAACCCUGUCUAUCACCUCAGUAACCCCAUUCCUGCAAUGCCAAAGGCCUCUGUGGACUCCAGUUUGGAGAACCUAAGCACUGCCAGUUCCAGGAGCCAAAGUAACAGUGAAGACUUCAAACUCAGCGGACCCAGCAACAGCAGCAUGGAGGACUUCACCAAACGGAGCACGCAGAGUGAGGACUUCUCCAGGCGCCACACCGUGCCCGACAGACACAUACCUCUCGCCCUGCCACGGCAGAACAGCACGGGGCAGACCCAGCUCCGGAAGAUGGACCCGGCGGCGCUGGGCGCCCGAGCCAAAGCCCCGCCGUCCCUGCCGCACAGUGCCUCCCUGCGGAGCACCGGGAGCAUGUCGGUGGCAUCGGCGGCUCUGGUGGCCGAGCCCCUGCAGAACGGGAGCCGGUCCCGACAGCAGUCCUCUUCCUCCAGAGAGAGCCCGGUCCCCAAAGUGAGAGCCAUCCAGAGGCAGCAGACCCAGCAGGUUCAGUCACCUGUGGACUCUGCCACAAUGUCCCCAGUCGAGAGGACAGCUGCCUGGGUUCUGAACAAUGGGCAGUACGAAGAGGACGUGGAAGAAACUGAGCAAAAUCAGGAUGAAGCCAAGCACGCUGAGAAGUACGAACAGGAAAUCACCAAACUGAAGGAGCGCCUGCGAGUGUCCAGCCGGCGACUCGAAGAGUAUGAGCGCCGGUUGCUAGUGCAGGAGCAGCAGAUGCAGAAGCUGCUGCUGGAGUACAAGGCCCGGCUGGAGGACAGCGAGGAGCGGCUGCGCAGGCAGCAGGAGGAGAAGGACAGCCAGAUGAAGAGCAUCAUCAGCAGGCUAAUGGCUGUGGAAGAGGAACUGAAGAAGGAUCAUGCUGAGAUGCAGGCAGUUAUUGAUGCAAAGCAAAAAAUAAUCGAUGCACAGGAAAAACGGAUCGUGUCGCUGGAUUCGGCCAACACCAGACUGAUGAGCGCGCUGACCCAGGUGAAGGAACGGUACAGCAUGCAGGUCCGAAAUGGCAUCUCCCCCACCAACCCCACCAAGCUUUCCAUCACGGAGAAUGGUGAAUUCAAAAACAGCAGCUGCUGACGGACGGGCCUCACAAAUAGACAGACUGUGGGAGGAGGCAGAAGGAAAUGUCCCCACUCUUCUAUUCCCAGCCCUCUCCCCAGCCCCACCAGGUUUACAGAAUGCCGCUGCUUCAGAACAGCAGGGUGGCGAGCACAUCUGGAACGAAGAAAGGAACCUUGUCUUUCAGGGCAUAAGGCUAAGACUGCCAAGGUCGACGCUUCCCCCACCCCCACCCCACUUCUCUGUGUACAUAGGGAACUUAGUUCUGGACCAUGUACAGAAAAUACCACUGUAAUAUACCCAAAGGAAGUUAAUAAUGUAGAUUACCUUUUUAACUAUUGCUAUUUUUAUUAUUAUUGUCCUCUUGUUGAAAGCACUGCAGUUGUUAGAGGAGGAAAUGUAGGAGCUAUGUACGUGAAUGAGAGCCGAGCCCAGCCGCUCCGUAGGUAGAGACCACGCAUCUGUCUGAUAGAGCACGUGGACCGCAACAGGACAUGGUGAGAAUGAAUUUUCAGGGAUUCAUCUGCCAGGUUAAAAGCCCCGCUCUGGUUCUCUUGUCCGGUAGGAAAACAUGAAAAUUACCAAGAUCCAAAUGAAACAGUUUAUCCCACUGAUCAAGCAGGACUGGUUCUACAUGGACAGCUAAUCUGACUUGGGGACACACUGUUCCAGAGGACACAGAGAAAAGCUGUUGCAUCGAAACCGGACUCUAGGAGUAGUUUCUAUUGAGCUCCUGUUGAUGUUCAUUUCCUUCUGUCUGUAGCAGAUGGAAAUUUUUCCACUUUAGGUAGGGGGCUUUUUUUUUUUUUAACCCCAGUUGUAAUAAAAGGUGUUCUUUUUCCUCUUUAGAGUUUACAAAACUAUAAAUAUCUGUGUCUCUAGAAACCAUCUUCAUCUUCACACACCCACUGCCCUUUCCUCCCCCAUGGUGGGAGCAGUUGUUACCAACAGGGUUUACUCUCCCCUGGAGAGGUUAUUCAAAUCUACUGUCCAUAAGCCAUCUGAAAGAAACACCCUUUCUUCCGUACAGAAAAGGGCUAACCAUAUCAUUCCAUAGCAGGAAGCUCUGAAUAGUUCCUAUUAAAAAUUUUUCUUCUAUUUGUAAAUUACAAUUUUGGUUUGGGAUAAAGAUUUUAUCCAGUGUACUAGCAGGUCUCGGGGCAGGGUAAUUUUAUCUCAGUCUUUCACUUUUAAAUUGCUUCUUCUUUUAAAUUUGGACAAGAAAUCCAAAUCAGAAGCAUUGCUCUCUUAAAAGUCAUGAUUACUCUUAAUGAAAAAUAAACUACUGAAAGUGGGAGGACAGCGUAUUCCAGCUGUUAUUCCCAUGCUCUUUGAAGAUUUGGCAAUAAUAACCCAGUUUCACUAGUUGUCAGCCAUGGCUUUAUUGUAGGACAGAAACAGUUAUGGAAGUUCAUUUACUUCCUUUUUUUUUCCAGAGGUGUGAAACAUCAUCUUAAAUGCAACCUUGAUUAUCAGAAGUAUGAAAUGUUACAAGUUAGACAGAUAGUAUAUAGACAAGUAUAUAUACACAUAUAUUCACACAUAUGUAUGUAUAACUGCACAAAUAGGAAAAGUUCCUGCCUUCUAUGCUGUCGGAUUUAAUGUUACAAGGAGUUAGAAUCUCAUUAAGCAAGAUCUAAGCAAUUGCUUAUAUUGAAAAAGCAACCACAUUUCUCAAGUAAGUUAAUGAUGUUUAAUUUAAAUGAUAAACUUUAGGGAAUUUUUUUUUUCCAAGGGAGAGGAGGGAGGGAAAAAAAAACACCUGAGGAAGCCAUAUGCAUGGAGUGAGUGUUUCCACAUAACUACAAAGGGGACAAGAGAACAUUUAUCGGGUCCCCUUUUGGGUGAAGCCCCAACAGAGUCACCGAGCUUCCCUUUAUGCUGUACCACAGACUUGCAUUCUGACCUCUUAAGCACUGCCCUCAGGUCGAUCUUUGUGUUUGACCUUGUAUCUCAGCAACCUCACAUGGCCCCUGACCCACAGCCUCUUGAAAUAUGUCCCUCCCAUAACAUCCCCAGUCCUGCCUGUCGAAGGUCGAAAACAGGAGCUGCCCGGUGUGCUUCUCGGGUCUGCAGACAUAAUGCCACGUGUUUUGGCACUUGUGUAUUUUCUUGACCCCUGGUCAUGAUUUUAUAAAUUCUUAUCCCCUUUCCCUCCAAGUUGAGGACACGCUGUGGCCAAAAUCACACACUGUGGCCUUGGAAAUCAGAUGAAGUGUUGGCAGAAUGCUUUAUCUAGCUGAAAACCAGACUAGGCCAUUAAUAAGGACAACAUUGGCAUGAUUUAUUUGAAUAGGAAAAAAAAAAAAACAACUACCAAUUCUGAAAUAGUGCUCCGUGUUGGGGGAAGAGGGUAUGUAAACAUAGGUCUGUUCUUGUUUGUGACUAUUUUCAGCUCUAGCCAUUCUCUAUAAAAGCCUUCAGAAAACCUGGUAAAAGAAUGGUCCGUUUCAGUGGCCUUAAGUAUGUAUCAUUGGUGAUGUCUUGCAUUGAGGUUUGGAAGUUCUCGGGUAGUGGUUAUAGAUGACAGAGGUCUGAUAAACUAUUUUGGAGGGUUGGGGGAGACACACAAAACCAAAUAUGUUUCUGAUGGAUGCAAUACAUCUUAUCGGCAUUAUGUGAGCUUCGGAGAUGGCUGCCUCAUUUGGAAGAUUAGAUGCCCAAAAUUUUUGAAUAGAUUAUGCAGCCCUCUGUUAUUAUCAGGUUACCUUGAAUGAAGACGAAAGAGUACACACAAAUAAUAAAAUCAGAGGUAAGCUAGAAGUUCAGUAUAGUUGCCAGAUGUUAAAUUUUAAGUUAUCCUUUGAGCUUAUUCCUGUCUGAAUAUUUUUUCUGAGUAUUUGUUUAGAGAAUGCUUCGGUCUUAUAGAAUUUAUUCCAAAAGAUUUUUUAAGUAUGGAAAAAGUCAGCAAUAGCCAAUAAUUUUUAUGGCGGUAUUGCUCAAUUGGCUUUUCUUCAGCCCAAAUAAGUACACACCUCUGUUUUGCUAGGAGGAGGUGAAUGUUUGAAGAGAAGCAGGUGGAUUAAGAUAGCACAUCUUGCAUGCCUUCUAACACCCAACAUGCCACCGCAUGAUGGGGUGCAGCAUGGACCAAGGCUGGAGUUUGGAAAUCAGAUGAAGUGCUGGCAGAAUGCUUUGUCUAGCUGACAACCAGACUAGACCAUUAAUAAGGACAACAUUGGCAGGAUUUAGGGAAAGAGCUUGAUACUUCUCUUUUAUUUUCACUGGAGCAAUAUGCUUUCUGAGCUGAAGCAGCAAGAAGGAAUAACAUUUCCUUCAGAUCAUCACAUUCCAAGUCUCUGCAGUACAAGCCCUGAUGGAAGGGAGAUUGUAACUAGGUAACUAAGACAAACACUUACUAUGUUUCAGGCACUGUUACCAAGGUUCUGCUGGGCUCUAGGGCAGUCUGUUGUAAGGGAAGUGUGGUAAAAUGAGGUCAUCAUGCUGCUGUAACUUGGCCUUUUUUUGCUUGUCAUUGAGUUGGUCAGAAUUAGCUUUCUCUGGUCCACUUCUGCCAUCCCCUGUGAUGGUGCUGGACAGUGAAAGAAAAAGUAGGAUUAACUAUCUAGGACUGCUGUAUGCCCUUGAGAAUUAACUUGACUUUCGAGGUAAAGCUUUUUAGACCUUAGUCUGUUUACAGAUCUGUAGCUCUGCCGACCCUCAGUUCUCUGUCUGGCCUCAGAGAUGUACCGGGUUGAGAGCAGUUCUUUUUUGGAAGCCCCAGAGCAGGACCAUCACCAUCACGUGAGUUCAGUUACAGUUUGUUCUGCCUUCCAUCUAGGUUCAGUGCUAGUUAUCUCCAUUUUGGAGUUUCUGAGAAGGCUGGCUGUGGGACUGAACUUGGGGAAGGAAUCCUCCUUGGGAUGACCGAAGGCCCAUGUGACCCUGACUAGAGUUGACACCAGACUAGACUUGUCACUGGGUCUGAUUCAGCGGCUCUGGAGCCCACGCCACAGCUUCCCUGUACUUUCAGCCGCUUCUCUGGGGGCCAUCUUCUACACAUUAUGGAAAACCAGAAGGGCUUUCUUCUUCAUUUCCCCUUCCCUUUUUCAAAUCUAAUAGUGAAAUCUCCUGCUCACUUCAGCAGUAAAUAGUUGCCUUCCCACCCCCUACCUGAGGGCCAAGGAUUUGGGAUACUUUGUUUUUUUAAUCAAUAUGUCCAUUGAAAGGACCUAUUUUGUUUCCUUUUUUAAAAGCAAGAUAUGUUGGGGUGUUAAAUUUUUAAGUAGACUCUCUUUUUGUGUUUGAGUGAUUGUUAUUAGUUCUAGAAGCAUUCUCUUGUCAUGACCCAGUUAUGAAUGCUCUUGAGUUUAGGAAGGACAAAAGUGAUGAAAUUUGCAUGAGGUAGAAUAAAUAACUUAUGAAGAGUGAAAGAACCUGAGAAGAUGCAUGAUCCAAAAGGGGCUGAUGCACAGCAGUCUUCUUCAAAACCCAAUGGGUUCAAGGAAACAGGAGGAUUUAUUAUCCUUUGCCCAAUCUCAAAAUAUACGAGAUACAUAGAAAGGCAGUUUCUGUAGAAACAUGACAUGGGCACCCACGCAAACACAUGAUUCUUAGGGCUUCCUAUUUCUGAAUGUCAAUCCAUCUCAUCAAGCAGUGAUUCUCAAACGUCCUUGAGAUUUUUAGAUUUUAUGCCCUCAUCUGUUAGAUUGUACGACAGUGGUUCUUUCCUCUUAAAAAUGUAUCAUAUGUGUUAUAUGUAUAUAUGUUAAAGUGACUUGAAAUUUACUUGGUUUGACAUUGUCUCAAGAACCCAAGAUAACAUUAUUGAUACCUUGGGAAGUCAUAGAAAUAAAGUUGAAUGUCACUGAUCUGAGAGUAGAGUCCAGAAAGAAGUAGCUUUGGUUCCUGAUCCGUUUAUCCUCAGGUGUUUGAGUAAGGCUUGGCCAUGAGCCACCCAAGGAAAGCCAAGUGGUUGUUUGUGUCCAUAUUUCAGCAUGCAUUUUAAUUUUCUCCUCAGUUCUUAGUUUUCAUUGCCUUUGUUUUUUCCCAGGAAAUGUUUUAGUUUGAACCUUAAAACCAGAUUUAUAUAUUGUAAAAAGAUUUGCACAGAAACUGUGUUUUAGGAGGCCUCAAUCAUCUGCGUGGGAUGUACAAAAAUUUAAGAAUAAAUAUCAUUUUUAUGUCAUUUCAACACUCCCAAGGGAAAAUUUCAAUUCCCAGCUCACCAAAAGGUUAAAUACUAAUUGACUGAAUGACCACUAUCCUGCAGAAAAUUUGAAAUAGUAAAGGUUAAAUUUUGACUGGUGCUUAGACAUUUCCUCAUUAUAUUAACUCAAGCAGACAGCAGUAUAUUAACCUGAAUCACACCUGUAAGGGACUUACCUUCUAAAUUUGACUUUGUUCUUCAUCUCCAGGGCCUUAAUAAGAGUGUGUUAAAACACAUGACUAUUUUACAAUGAUAGCUCUAAAUAAUUUAUUUUUUAUUUCAAGAAAGAGAAAUACACGUUAGAGAAACAAAACCCAAGAUUUUAUUUUAUUUUUAAAGCCAUAUUUUUGUGCUAGUAGCACUUAGAUUGUUCCAUAUGUGAGAUCCAUAUCAGCAUUUCAUUAUCUGGGUUUGUUCUAAAAGAAGAUUUAUUUUUGUUCUGUGAAUAAUUUUUGACGGUUCUUGUACAUGUACAGAUAUAGAUACGUUUGAGGUCUUUUAUUGAUAUUCCUACGAAGAAUACAAAUAAACUUUAACUUUAAACAUU